CCAAAUCUUUUACUGAUCCGAUCUAAGAAACAAGGCUAGCAUCUUUGAAAGAACAGCAGAGGGCAAAAAGGUGUCAUGUUAUUCAGCUUUGAAUUAUUAUAACCCAAGCAUGUCUGGAUAUGGCUACCCUGAAGAGUACAGAAUUUCAUCACUUGUCUUCUACAGCUUUAUCUUCAUUAUUGGCUUACUUGUCAAUGCCACGGCACUCUGGGUCUUCAGCUGUUCUACCAAGAAGAGAACAACUAUAACUAUCUACAUGAUGAAUGUUGCACUGCUUGACUUGUUUUUUAUAUGUACAUUGCCUUUUCGGAUGCAUUACUAUGUGGAAAGCUCUUGGAUCUUUGGAGAUGUCUUCUGUCAAGUUCUUAGCACUUUCACUGUUUUCUACCCCAGUAUUGCACUAUGGCUGCUCGCUUUUAUAAGUAUAGACAGAUACAUGGCUGUUGUUCAGCCCAAACAUGCCAAGAAACUCAAGAAUACAACCAAGGCUCUGAUAGCUUGUGCAGGUCUUUGGAUAAUCACUCUUGUGACAGCCUCUCCAUUGUUGUUCUUAUAUUCAGAUCCUGAUAAAACUACAAACUUCACCACUUGCAUUAAGAUGAUGGAUAUUAUCUACCUAAAGGAAGUCAGUGUGUUAAAUCUUUCUCGGCAGAUAUUUUUUUUCUUAAUUCCCCUCUUCAUCAUGAUUGGUUGUUAUCUAGUUGUCAUUUACAGUCUCAUACAUGGAAGAACCUCCAAGCUAAAGCCAAAGGCUAAAGAAAGAUCAAUUAGAAUUAUUGUGACAUUGAUUAUCCAAGUGCUUGUAUGUUUUGUGCCUUUCCACAUUUGUUUUGCAUUUCUGAUGCUCCAAGAUGGACACAUGAGCUACAAUCCAUGGGGAGCAUUUACCACAUUCCUCAUGAAUCUCAGCACAUGUUUGGAUGUAAUUCUGUACUAUCUGGUUUCUAAACAAUUUCAGGCCCGAGUGAUCAGCGUCAUGCUUUAUCGUAAUUAUCUUCGGAGUGUACGAAGGAAAAGUAUACGAUCUGGUAGCAUGAUGUCAAUAAGCAACAUCAACAGUGAGAUGAUAUAAAAAGAAUAAAACAAUGCCACAUUGGAAGAAUACUUAAGAGAAGAAAAGAAUAUAUGACAAAGCUUAGAAUAAGUUAAAAUGUUCCAUUAACUGCGGUAUUUUGGCAAAGAAAAAAGGAUUAAUUUUAUCACUCCUAUCUCAAAAUUGAUUUCCCCUAAUAAAGAGUAAAUUAUGCUUAUAUGAAAUGUAUUGAGAUUCCUAGUAUUUAUUAAAUUUCACUUCAUAUUCAUUAUUUACUUAUUAUUUUCUUCUCCUUCCUGCUUUGCUAUUAACUUCUUACUGUGUUUCAUCUGGAAAGUGCAGAAUUUAAUAAGACUGAUAUGAGGUACAGAUAAAAACAUAUUACAUAUUUUGAUGUUCACAGUACUGAAAAGAAAAUAACAUGUACAGGAUGCUUCCUUUUUUUAAAGCAAAUAUUUCAUUUGCAAUAAAUAUUCGAAC